CGAUACCGCACCGACACAUCACAUCGGCGGCGCUGCGUGGACAUUGUGAUGAGCAAUCAUGACCUGCACGACAAGAUGCAGAAGAUGAGGAUGCACCGCGUUCCAAGUGACUAUGCCACACCCAAAGCGUCAACGUCCAUGUACCCACCGACGUCGGCAUCGAGUAGGACGAGCAACGGUAGCACCCACGGGCAAGUUGGAGGCGGUGGCCUGUAUCACUCGGGCAUCCCAGUCGGGGGGCAACGUGGUAGCAACACAAACUUGUAUGCGCAAGGAAUCACGAGUCCACGUUGCGUUGGUGGUGGGUACCUUUCCCAACGUGGCAGCAGUCAAGACCUGUACCAAGCAGGUGGGUCGUCUGCCGGGACACCGUCAUCAUCCAGUGGUGGUGGUCGCGACUUGAUUGCUGCCGCGGCGGCGGCAUCGCAAAAGAACCGACAAAUCCGCGGUCGACCCGGCUCAGGGUCUCCCCUCGCGACGCAUGUUGCGUUCAACGACCAUCCAGGGUACUACAAGGCAGCGUCUGACUCGACCAUGAUGCGGAAGAACUCGAGCUGGAGCAGCAUGGAUUCCUUGGACCUUUCGAGAACGAUUCAGUAUGAUGACCCGGCGUCGACGAUUCGCCUUCCGCGACCGACUCCUUCCCAACCGGCACCACCUCUCAUGUCGACAUUCCAAUCUCCGUUUCUCGAACAGUUGAACUUUGACGGGUUAGACGAAGACGAUAGCAGCUCCAUCGGGUACAUGGAAGACUACGAGCACUCGGCGACGUCGAUCAAUGGCGGCGGGAUCACCGACUGUCCAGGCGGCUUUGACGACGAUGACGAGGAAGACGACGAGGAUACUCGUAGCGACACGUCGUCCCUUGGCGCCCAUGCGGACACGGCGCCAUCGGUGCCGUAUCUACUCCACGGUCAUCGGUCCGUGCCCACUGCUUUCCCAGACGACGGACGUCGGGUGACGUCUCCUUCAAGCAUCGGGCGGCAGCAUCACACUGGACAGUACAUGGUCUCAUCGUCGCCGCCGAACUACCACGUCCCCCACCACCCACGGCACCACUCGUCGUCGGUGCCCCCUCGGUCGAUGCUUCCGCCCCCUGCGCACCACAACAUCAUCCAGCAUCAACAACCCCCUCCUCCGCCCCUUCCGUCGUCGUCCCCGCCCGUCCCUGCGUCCUCCUCCAUGUCCUCGACAACUACCCCUGGACGAAAACCUCACAUCCAUGCACAUGCCGACAGCUCAAAGUACGUGUACUCGUCGUCCGGCACGCGGCAAGAAGGCGACAUAUCCAUCUGGAUUGGUACGUGGAACCUCGGCGCCGCGGAUCCGUUCAGCGACUCGCGGGGGCUCAUGGACGACGCCGACACGUCGCGGAUGGUACGCCAUCUCGUACCCGUGGGGUACGACCUGUACGUGUUGGGGGUCCAGGAAGGCGUCAACGAAAACGUGUACUUUGCCAUUCAAGCCUACUUGAACCGGAACCCGCAGCUGCUGCGGUACCAGCGCAAGGAGCUCCGCAACGACAAGGUGGUGCUACCCAAUAAACAAGCCCCGACGGACGCCGUGUUUGACGCGGUGCGCGGCCGCGGCGACGGCGCGUUCAUGGGCACCAAGUUUACGGGCAUGGCCGUAUUCUGUGGUGACCACGUGGCCGCCGACGUCCAAGUACUACGCGCGGGGCUCCACAAGUUUAACAUUGCAUCCGGCUCCAAGGGCGGCGUCGCGGUUGCCCUCAAGAUCAAACACUCGACGCUUUGCUUGAUCAACUGCCACCUCGAUGCCCGCAACGACACGUACCGCCGCGACCAGAUCCGCCUACUCAACACCAACCUCGGCAAGGUCAUGGGCCAUCCGUACUUUGACCUGACGCAGCAGUUCCACCACGUUGUGUGGAUGGGGGAUUUGAACUACCGUAUCGUCAAGAUGGACGCAACCGAAGUGUGCCGACUCUUGACGGAAGACCGCAUCGAAGAACUGCAUGACCGCGGCGAUGGCCUCCUCAACGACCGCAAGCAAGGCAUCUUUGAAGGGUUCAAAGAGCCCGACAAGUUUCACAACUUUUACCCGACCUACAAAAAGUUUCCACUCCGAGGACAUGUCGACAUGGACGACCCGCGGUGGCCGGAGCGGGUCUACCGCGUCCUGUACAAGGAGCCAUUUUACAAAGGCGGGCAAGUCAAAAAGCGGGUACCGGGAUGGUGCGAUCGCAUUUUGGUCUACUCGACGCCCAUGCGCAACUCGGACUUGGUCGCGGAGAAGGUGCCGUGUCCGUUCAUCCAAGGGCGGUGGGUGGAUAACUACCAAAGCAUCAACGACGGCGUCGGCAUGGACGUGUCAGAUCACAGCCCCGUGACAUGCACGAUGCUGCUCAAGUUUGUCCGCCCGGCCAUGACCAACAUCCCAGGGGGGCUGGCUCCAGAUGGGCUGGGCGCGUACACAGACUUGCGACCGAGUGUGCGGCUGCAGGGCCCGUCGUACGGUGGCGGCCCCCACGGCCCCGUGACCACGGUGCUCACGCUGUUCAACAUGGUUGUGACGUGGGGCAACCACUCGCACGUGCCGAAAAAGACUCGUGUGGUCGCGCCGCUGCUGGGCGAAGACGAUCUGCUGACUCGCCAAACAGAGGCCACCGGCGAGCGCAAUAUCACCAUCACGAAUGUGGCCACGCUCAGCUUGAACGUGAAAUUGCACCACGAGCGAAGUCUGCAGGACCUGCACAUGCUCGUAUGGGUACGCCACGAGAGCGUGGUCGGCCACUGCGUCGUGUCGCUAAAACGAGUGGCCGACCUGCACACCGACGGUGUCGCAGACGAAGCACGGUACAAAGCCGGCUUGUACUUCAACUCGGUGCCCGUGACCAUGGACGGUGGCGUGCCCGUGAAGCUCAUCUUUUCUGUCAAGACCAACAGCCUCCAAGGCAGGUCGCGGCGGCACUAGACCCUACCGACCGCUACCACCUUUUGUCGUAAACUGUCACACAUAUACUACCCCUGUACACGCCUCGUUCUUGUAUAGAAUAUGGGUGUGCUCGUUGUCGUCAUCACGUUGAGCAAAACCACCAGUGAAAUUGGAAGGAAUGCUCCAAUAGUGUUUGUGUGGUUGGUUACAUCCAGGUCCGAAUGAGCAA